AUGGCCAAUAUCAACCUACAUAGCGCAACAAAGAUGGCCGAGUCCCAUAUGGAGAAAGUGGAACCACGACAACUCAAAUCAGCUAGGAUGAUAACCAGGAAAAUGGAAACCCAAGCCUAUCAAGACCAUAUUGGCCAAACGGGAAAAAUCUCCUCACCGGAGGAGAAAAAACGAGCAGUUAAAGAGGUAAUAUCGGAAGUGGAAAAAUAUGAUGUCGUGAUAUACACUGGUGGUCCAGUAGACCCAGCUACCAAAAAAGGAGCAGCAGCAAUGAUUGCUUACAAGUGGUCCGACAUCAUCAAUAAAACUUAA